GAUACAGUGUGCUCUAAUGACGCAGCAUUUUUCUCCAGCGUAUAGAACUCGGAGUCCAGCGCUACCACUCUUUUGUCAUUAGGCAGCGCACAGGCCCGCGCAUGCGCAAUUGUAGCCGGAAGUAGUUGCUGAUCACUCCGGUCCAGAGAAAGCGCAUUGUACCUGCCGACACCAUGGUGAGUUCCCAGGCUCUCUGUCACAGUUUAUUACACUGUAUGUCUCAGGGAGCCCGGAGCAGGCUGAGCCGGCUGGCUGACUCUCUGUCUCCGGCAUUCAUCCAGCCAUGUUACGGGCUGCUGUGUCACCGGCCUGCGCUGUGUGAUAGGGCCUGCCAUAGAGGCUGUGUGAAGGGUGUCUGCCAUAGAGGCUGUGUGAAGGGUGUCUGCCAUAGAGGCUGUGUGUGAUAGAGGGGUCUGCCAUAGAGGCGGUGUGAGGGGGCCUGCCAUAGAGGCUGUGUGAAGGGGUCUGCCAUGGAGGCUGUGUGAAGGGGUCUGCCAUAGAGGCGGUGUGAGGGGGUCUGCCAUAGAGGCUGUGUGAGGAGGUCAGCCAUAGAGGCUGUGUGAAGGGGUCUGCCAUGAAGGCGGUGUGAAGGGGUCUGCCAUGGAGGCUGUGUGAAGGGGUCUGCCAUGGAGGCUGUGUGAGGGGGUCUGCCAUAGAGGCUGUGUGAGGGGGUCUGCCAUAGAGGCUGUGUGAAGGGGUCUGCCAUAGAGGCGGUGUGAGGGGGUCUGCCAUGGAGGCGGUGUGAAGGGGUCUGCCAUGGAGGCUGUGUGAGGAGGUCAGCCAUAGAGGCGGUGUGAGGAGGUCUGCCAUGGAGGCUGUGUGAAGGGGUCUGCCAUGGAGGCGGUGUGAAGGGGUCUGCCAUGGAGGCUGUGUGAAGGGGUCUGCCAUGGAGGCUGUGUGAGGGGGUCUGCCAUAGAGGCUGUGUGAGGGGGUCUGCCAUAGAGGCUGUGUGAAGGGGUCUGCCAUAGAGGCGGUGUGAGGGGGUCUGCCAUGGAGGCGGUGUGAAGGGGUCUGCCAUGGAGGCUGUGUGAGGAGGUCAGCCAUAGAGGCGGUGUGAGGAGGCCUGCCAUGGAGGCGGUGUGGGGAGGCCUGCCAUGGAGGCGGUGUGGGGGGGUCUGCCAUGGAGGCGGGGUGAGGGGGCCGCCAUAUUAUUAUUAUUUCCCUUUUUUUUUUUUUUACUGACUGUGGGGAUGGUCAGUGAGGGGGAUGUCCUAGAUUUUCUCAAAUUGUAAUUAAGUCUGGUGUGGGAAAGAAGGUACUUACUGUUCACUAAAUCAGCAACUUAGACUGGCAGUGUUGGUGUUUCAAUGAAGAAGAAUAGUUUACAGUUACUGGGGCCUGUGCGUGCCAGUAUUUGGGGAUAUCAUUAGCUGAGAGCUUUGAGUAUACCAGUAAUGGUACACAUAAGGUUAGUAGAAAUAAAACACCAAUAAUUUUCUUAUAUACACUGUGCUUGCUUAUUUGCUAGCCCAUGAGUAUAUUAUAUUACCAAAGAACAAAACCUUAGAGAAAUAAAGAGACUUAUGCUGAUGAUUGACUGGCAGGAGAAUACUUGUAAAGGCGGUUCUUAUGAUCGCUGUCACAGCAACUACAGCGUAUGUUCUGAUAUUCCUGUACUGCACCCUGCGCUUUACUAGACAAAUACAGAAGCAUAUUUACCUGAGCCUUGUCUGUUUUGAGGUAAAUGCCCUAGUAAUAAAGCCAGUGUGUCAAUAUCUUAAGGAAUGCUUGUAUUCUUUAGGGAAGUGCCCAAAUUAGGCUAGUAGUGUAGUAGGUGGGCUGGUGGAAUGUCAGCACCAGAUAAUUGUGUUACGGCAGCAGCGUUGCUUGUUAAAAAUGUAACUUAAGCAAGAAUCUGAAAUGACAACUUCUAUCACCUCAAAGUCGUAUAUUGUAUGUUUAAUUAUUUAAAGUGUAAGCUUAAACACUACAGCCAUUAAGGGGUUAAUUGAUAAUUCUGUUGAGGUGACAUCAGGGUUAGGAGUGGAUAUUACAGGUGCCUACAUUUAGGCUUCUCACUCUUAGGCCCAUUAUUUGCAUUUGCCUUUUGUAUCUUAAAAGCUCUCUUACUGUUUCAUCUUGCAUGCUUUCAGUUUCAUUUUAAAUGCAGCCAUAUUAAGUGCUGAAAAACAGUAGUGCACAUUUUGCAAAAGAUAUUUUAAAACCCUGUUUUGAACGUCCUAUAUAGCUGAUUGACAUAUAAACUAUAUCACUUCUCUCAAAUAUGUUUUUGGUGUUUAUUUUCUAAUUUUACAGUCAGGUCUGCUAGGUUAGCACCAAUAUAUAUGCAUAUAUUGUAUGCUAUUUAAUAUGUUCAUGUUGGUCUUUCCGUUGUAUUUGAAAAAUCUUCUUCAUAAAAUACUAUCUUAACAUUCUUUGCAUUAAGUGCUUAACUUUUAAGUCUUUAACAAAAAUGCUAAUGUGAAGAAUUGUACAUAAACCAUGUUAAAAAGACCCCAAUUCACGUGGUGAGUUCCUCUUAGUUGAACUUUCCAACUUGUAAACCGUUAAUAUUGUCUACAUGACCUUUCUAUGGGAGUGGGCUGCAUACUUUGGAGGAAAUCCUAUCUCCUUUUUGUAAUUGGUCACUUUUUAAACUAAAGAUUUCUGAAAAUUCAGAUUUUUUUUUUUUUUGGCACCAUGUUUAAUAAUGUAUGAGAUUUCCGAAUGUCAGUUUCCUGUGCUCAUUAUAUCGUUCUUGUUAAUUGUUUGUUUCAGAAUACCAAGAGCUCUCAGCUGAAGGACAGUAUACCAAUUGGUGAACUUUCCACUCAGUAUGGAGGCUACGGAGUGCAGGAUACCCUACGCACAGGGUAUUUUUAUUACUUAUUUUACUGUUAUGCUUUGACACCUAUUUGUACUUCUUUUGGUUUCUACUUUCUUUUAUCCACUAUUGUACUACUGAAUAGUCCUGUGCGUUAACUAAAAAAUUCAGUGCUUUUUGGAAUUAAAUUUCCUUCAAUCCAAGCUCAUAUGAGUCGAGGAUUUAUCUGUUGAGUUUUAUUCCGUGAAUUCAUUUGGGCAUGGAUUGAAAUGAAUUUGAUUUGGAUGAAACUCCUGGAUUUUUUUGCACAAGUCUAGUAUGCAUUAUUUUUAAUGGAAAGAAGAUAUUUGGCUGUAUGCAAAAACAUCACUAUUCACUUCCCCUGAAAAAAGCAGAUAACUAAUUUUAAAGGUACACUAUAGUCACCAGAACAACUACAGCUUAUUGUAGUUGUUCUGGUGAGUAUAGUCAGUCUCUGCAGCCUUGUUGCAGUAAACACUGCCUUUUCAGAGAAAAGGCAGUGUUUAUAUUACAUCUUAGACACACCUCCAGUGGCCACUCCUCAGAUGGCUACCAGAGGUGCUUCCUGGGGCAGUGCUUCACAGUGUGUACCCUCUGUAUGGAGGCACUGAGCUUUCCUGAUAGAGAUGCAUUGAUUCAAUGCAUCUCUAUGAGGAGAUGCUGAUUAGCCACGGUGGCGCUUGGCUUCGCUCCCCGUCCUGUCUCCAUGGUGGAGAUCAUCAUCAGAAUUGACAAUCUCCUAUGGGAAAGCAUUGUGAUUGGCUGAGAUCAUCAUUUAUGAUCUCACCCAAGGAGGCAGAUCAGGGGCAGAGCCAGCACCAACAGACUGGAAUAAAGUUUACAUUUUACUAUAUUUAGGGUGGCUACGUAGUAUUUUUAAAGGACCACUCUUGGCACCCAGACCACUUCAGCUUAAUGAAGUGGUCUGGGUGCCAGGUCCAGCUAGGGUUAACCCAUUUUUUCAUAAACAUAGCAGUUUCAGAGAAACUGCUAUGUUAAUGAAUGGGUUAAGCCUUCCCCCAUUCCCUCUAGCGGCUGUCUCAUUGACAGCCACUAGAGGCGCUUGCGUGCUUCUCACUGUGAUUUUCACAGUGAGAGCACGCCAGCGUCCAUAGGAAAGCAUUAUGAAUGCUUUCCUAUGUGACCGGCUGAAUGCGCCCGCAGCUCUUGCCGCGCGUGCGCAUUCAGCCGACGGGGAGGAGAAGAGGAGGAUCGGAGGAGGAGAGCUCUCCGCCCAGCACUAGAAAAAGGUAAGUUUUUACCCCUUUCCCCCUUCCAGAGCCGGGCGGGGGCACCCUCAGGGCACUAUAGUGCCAGGAAAACGAGUAUGUUUUCCUGGCACUAUAGUGGUCCUUUAAUACUAUAGGAUCAGAAAUACAUGUUUGUGUUCCUGACCCUAUAGAGUUCCAUUAACAUGUAGGAAUUUUGUAAAUUAUUUUUACAAUUAAUGUAUUUUUUUUUUUUUUUUUCUGUCCAGAGAAACCGAUUUCAUGUACAAAAUAGAAGGGAACAAAUCAUGCUGGCCAGUACAUCUAGUAAUAAAUAAUCACUGGGCCUGGGAGAGGAUAUUCACUCCUAAUCUUUCUUAUUCAAUUAAGUUAUAGUAUUAUUACUAAAUUCAUGCCACUUGGGAAAACACAUCUACAAUUCUAAACUUAUGACAUUAUUAAAUGAAAGUCUGUAAAAUCUGCGCUCCUGGUGAAUAGAAUGGAAUUUUUCUGUAGUAUUGAUUUAUUCUCAUCAACAGGUUUACAAGUGUGCAGAGUGAGCUUUUACCAAGUCAUCCUUUGGAGUUGUCUGAAAGAAAUGUAAGUUGUUGUGGUUUUGUUUUUGUUUUUUUCACUUUUGGUUAUUCCUAUAUUGAGUACACCCAGAAAUGUAAACGUUUCUUUUAAAUAAGUCAUAUCUAUUAGGGAUCUACCGAUUAUCGGUUUUGCCGAUAUUAUCCGCCAAUAUUCAGAUUUUUGUAAGUAUCGGUCGAUAAUCAUCAGCAAUACCGAUAAUGAAUGAGUGGGCCGGUGCAUCCAUAAGGCGGCACAACUGAAAAGAAGUGCUCACAGAGAGAGCACUUCUUGUCAGUCCGGCCGGGUACAGGAGACUGAAUCUCCUGUACCGCGGUGUGCACUGCUCCGCUUGGCCACGCUACCAGGAGACACACCGGGGAGUGGGGACCAAGAAUUGGAGAGAGAGAGGGGCACUAAGGGGGGGGGGUGGUUGGUAAGGAACACUGGGACAGGGGAGGUGGGAAAGAACACUAGGGGGAGAGAGGAACGUUAAGAGCGGACACUAAGGUACAGGGAAGGGGAAAGGAACACUGGGGUAAGGGAGGACCACUAAAAGAGAAGGGAGAGGAACAUUAAGGAGAAUGGGGGCACUAGCGACAGGGAAGGGGUGGGGGAGUUCCUACUGCACAUAUACACACUGCAUCCACCACCACACUGCAUCUACUAUACAAACACACACACAAAUAUUCUUGAAAACAUAAAAAAAUCACUUGCAUGUGUAUUUUGUGCAUUUACCACUUAAUAAUAAUUAAAAAAAAAAAGAUUUGGGGGGGAAAAGGGGGAAAAAAAAUACAUUAAAUGUACAGAAUAUCGGUAAGCUAUCGGCCUGAAAGUUCAUAGAUUAUCGGUAUCUGCUCUAAAAAAUCAAUAUUGGUCGAUCCCUAAUAUCUACAGCAUAGAAAAUUAUAAAAAGUUAACCACAUUCAAACCACCUGUUUGAGCCUUAAGUCUAAGAAGACAUGGCCUGGGAAACAUAUGUAUAAGAGACAGAGAAAACCUAUUUUUGCAAUAUUGUUCUCUGCUUCCGAUGGUCUUUAAUUAAAAUCCCCAAACACACUGCAGUAUAAGACUGUUUAAAGCAUCCAUGGCAACUCCAAAAUGGAACUUGGCACCAAGAAUUCUUUUCUCGCUGCACCUACGUGUGGACAACUUAGAGAAGAAAAACCUGAACUUCGUAGCCAUUACAGAUAUGUGGUCCUGCUGUGUGUAAGGACUGAUGCUACUAUAAACAGCUUUCCCACACACUCAUGUAAAGCACUAAGCUAGGAGUCGGAGCAAUAGCUGUUUGCUUAACCCUUACCACUUUGCCAUUCAAUUGUUUUUGCUUGAUAUACUCAUAGUAGUUGCUUUAUGGAUGUAGCAUGUACAAUUAAUCACUGCAAUGCAGGGAACUUUUAAUGAGUGAACUGCAGCUCGAGUUUACCUUUAGACCUAUGUGUGAAAAUGGCUCCUAUUAAAGGCUCAUAGAGUUGUGAUGAGGCUGCCGUCUCCAUUGCCUAACAUUGUUUAAUCAGCAAUGUGAUCCUCCAACUUGACUCAUAGACAGCAUACAAACCUCAAAGGCUGCCAAGUAACAUAGCCAGCACAUUUUUGUUCUUAGUUUAAAACCUUGUUACAUUGUAUAUGAAUGAGUCUCUGAAGGUGUUCAAAAUAUGCAAAUAAUUUGGUAAGUGAAAGAAAGCACUGGAAAAGUAUUCCCAGAAGUUUUUUUGGGUUUUUUUUUUUUAAAUGUAUUGACUAUUUUUUUUAUGCACAAAUAAUAUUUUAUGUCCAUGCAACAAUUUAGAACACCAGUCCAUAGUGCAGUUUGUCAACACCUGGCUUAGAGUACUCAUGUCUACCCUUUUUUAUUUAUGGAUAUUUUGUGUUAAAUAUUUGUAGCAUUAUAGCAACCAUUGGUAUAUUCUAAAGAUGGUGAUGAGGAAAAUGGUAGUGACUGAUUUCUGUGCUCAUCACACUUGGAUAUAGUCUGAAAAAAAAUUAGCUUUCUUGAUAUUUAAGUUUACAUUUAGAAUACGAGUGAUUAUAAAUGAAACACACACAAAAAAAACUGCAAGGAAAACUGAAAGAAAUAUCAAGUUUGUUCUUGUAACUGUUCCUUUUUCAUUCACUCCACUUACAAAUAUUUUAAUAUUUGUAUGAAAUAGUCACUUGAGGGGAGUAAAGUGAUGUAUGGUUUAACUUAUCUCCACUGCAUAUGUGACCUCCACAAACACUGCGCUAGUGGUUAGUAGGGUCCCCAGAUUAUGAAGCCACUGUUGGACAUGACUAUAAAGGAAAUUUCAAUUGCAUAUUAUUUCUGAAAAAUAAUAACUAAUAAUAAUAUAGAAAAGUAACAUUUAAUGGAAAUCUAAAAAGAAAUUUAUGGGGGGAAAAAAAAAAAUUUAUUUCAGAAAAUUACUGAUUGAAAUUCAUUGAUGUUAUCAUGUGUAGGUUAAAUUCUUAUCCGUUUGGAGGAAAAUUACCUAUAUACACUCAUUAUUCCUAUAGAUAUUUUAUGUUUUUGUUAAAGUAGAAGUCUGCUGUUGUGGUUAUGGUGCCAUGUGUACCUGGAGGGCCCAUUUAAACAGCCUGUUUGAAAACAGUUUAUUCAUAUUACUGUAGGAAGGCCUGUGGGAAUCCAGGUAUCUUAACCACUACAUUGAGCUGUAGUGAUAAAGGAGCUUGGACCCCCUUUUAAACUACUUAUAAAGUAGUGGAAAGCUUAGUGAAAAACAUGUAAGCUGCAGUGCAUGGGACAUAGUUUCCUUUAUUUGUAAAUCAUGUAAGUUUACAUUGUCUUAUUGAUUGGACUUACAUAUAUUGCAGUACCAGAUAAACCAAGAGAAAGUGGAUUUUUCCACUCUAAGAAAUAUCCAGGGGCUACAUGCACCACUGAAACUACAGAUGGAGUUUAAAGCUGUCAGACAGGUAAGUUAUGGCAAUCAUUAUCCUUGGUGGGUGGGGAAUCCUAUAUAUGUGGAUGAAUAGUGCUAAGUAAAAUUUUAGUAGUGUUUAAAUACAGCUCGCCAACAUAAACAUAUGUUUUCAUAUUCAUAAUGCUUGAAAAGAGAUGCCUAAAGUACCGUAUAUACUAGAGUAUAAGUCAAAAAAACUGGGAAAACUUAUUGACUCGAGUAGAAGACUAGGGUGGGAAAUGCAGCAACUACUGGUAAAUUUCUAAAUAAAAUUAGAUCCCCCAAAAAUUAUAUUAAUUGAAUAUUUAUUUACAGUGUGUGUAUAUAAUGCAGAGUGUGUAACCUUGGUGGGGCUGGGCAUUUUUUUAUUUUAAUAUUAAAUUUUAUUUUUAAUAUUAUUAAAAUUUUUAUUUUAUUUUUUUCGUCCCCCCCCCUUCCUGCUUGAUACAUGGCCAGGGAGGGGGGCUAUGUUAUUCCCUGGUGGUCCAGUGGCAUGGGCUGUGCAGGAGGGGGUCUGGGAGCAAGCUUUUACUUACCUUUACAGCAGCUCCUGUCAGCUCCCUUCUCCUCUGUGCCGUUCCGCUCCACUGUAAGUCUCGUGGUCUGUGUGCCGCGCAGAGUGUUGCCAUGGUAAUCCGUGGCAAUGCUCAGACGCUGCGGCUCUUGCAGGAGCUGCUGUAAAGGUAAGUAACAGCUUGCUCCCAGACCCCAACAGGACCACCGGGCUUGUAAUGAGCCCAGCGGUCCUGGUCUGUAUUAUGGCAAUGUAAGUUGCCAUAAUACAGACAUUGACUCGAGUAUAAGACAAGUGGGGCUUUUUCAGCACAAAACAUGUGCCGAAAACUACUCGAGUAUAUACAGUUGACAUACAAAAUUAACUUUCCCUGUUCUCUCAAUGGGAGCAGGACGGCUUACUCUCUGCUCUACCGGAUAAGGCAAAAAAAGUUAUAAUUUGGGCAAUGGGGUCUUCAAAAAUAUCACAGGCAACUGGACAAGUGAAAUGCCCAGUGUUUUCUCUAAGGUUACUUAUUAUAACAUUGUGGUCCUGUUUACUGCCCUACUGGCAGAAUGCUGUCUUUCAGUGGUUUAUGUUAAAGAAACACUAUAGAGUCAGGAACACAAACAUAUAUUUCUGACCCUAUAGUGCUAAAUCCACCAUUUAGGUGGCUUGCCUCCCCCUUAACUCCCUUAAAAGGAAUUAAGACUCACCUUAUUUCCAACGCCGCGUGGGUACGCCUGCGCUGGCCCUGCCCCCUUGGGGACAUUAUCAGAUUUGCCGUUUUUAAGCCAAUCCAAUGCUUUCCCCAUGAUUGGCUAAAUUCGGCAACGGGGCAGGCCAAAUGCCAUUUUGGCCAAUCAGCACCUCCUCAUAGAGAUGCAUUAAAGCAAUGCUUAUCUAUGAGGAAAAUUCAGCGUUGGAUUUUUUUUUUUUUUAUAUGCUAAUGUAAUUAUUACAGCAUGAAAAUACCUUCUUAAAAAAAAAAAAAAAAAAAGUUUUUUUUUUUUUUUUACAUUUCGUAGCUCAAUUUGUAUCCAUAUAAAAAAUGUUAUAGUCAAAUUCAUAUGACCUGUGCAUUUAAAAUAAAGUAAUUGUCAAGGUUAUUUCUAUAAGUUUAUACUAUGUAAGUUUAUUACUAUCUGUUCUGUAUAUGCAAGAUGCCAUGCAUGUCAUUUUGAGAGAGCGAUGUGAGCUUCUCCUCUUCUUUUGUUCUUCAGGUUCAGCGUCUCCCAUUCCUACAAAGUUCUAACAUUGCUUUGGAUUCGUUGAAAGGGAAUGAUGAGUGCAUUGGCUUUGAAGAUAUUCUCAAUGGUGAGUGUUAGGCCUCAAUUUUUUAUUUUUUUUUCAACUGUUUAGUCAUUUUAGAAUGGUCUAAUCUGAUAACUUCAACCUUUUAGUUGGCAAGCUCAAAACACUGUUAACUUAAUACCCACUGCAACCUAUUUUGCUACUGUCAAUUCUGAACUGGCAUACUUAAAAUGGGCACCAAAACAACUUUAGCUUAAUGAAUCAGUUUUGGUGUAUAGACAUGCCCCUGCAGUCUCACUUCUCAAAUCUGUGCCAUUUAGGAGUUAUAUUACUUUGUUUUUGAAGCCCUAGUCACACCUCCCUGCGUGUGAGUGGCACAGCCUUCCUAAACACUUGUGUGGAGAGAUCUUAUGUUUAAACUUUCUUUAUAAAACAGUUUUUUUUUUUAUCUCCUGCACUGUUGACUUGCUCAUGCAUGGUCUUUAAAGCAAUUGACAUCUGAUUGGAAAUGACAUGAGUCACAACCAGAUGAGGUGUGACUAUGGUUGCAUAAUCAGAAACAAAAUUGAUUUUAACUCCUAAAUGGUAGAUAAUUGAGCAGUGAAACUGUGAGGGGCAUUAUCUACACAUCAACUGAAAUUCUGGUCUUUACUCCCUCAAGUGUUGCUACUCCUGUGUCUGUCUCCCUCCAAGUCAACGGUGCUACCAUCAGCUCCACCACGCAGGCUCGCUGCCUAGGUGUUCUCUUUGACUCCGACCUCUCCCUCGUGCCUCAUGUUCAGUCUAUUGCCAAAAAUAGGUUUAAAAUAGCUGAUGCAGAAAUAAAAAAAUUCUGCUCUUGGUUAUAGUCGCAGCUUGCUUGGGUUUUUUUUUGCCUUGAAGGUGCAGUUCAGAUUCAGUUUGCCAUUCAGAAUUUAAUUUACUCUAAAGAUCUUUCCUUCAAGAUACUCCACAUGUAUAUUGUGUGCUGUUAUAUUCUUGCCCAUAAAAAGAGAUUUUAAGCAGCCAGUGGUCUCAUAUUUACUCUAGGUAAUGUGGCUAUCAUCUGAUAUAAUCCUCCCUAAGAUCUGCUACCUGCAAUUCUGUACUUUUGUAAAUUAUUAAUCUGUCCUAAUCUGAAUUUUCUCUCUUGUAGAUCCAACACAAAGUGAAGUAAUGGGAGACCCACACAUGAUGAUGGAAUAUAAACUGGGUUUAUUGUAACAAAUGUAUGCACAAAAUAACCAAUAAAACAGUGAAUUCUUUUUGUAAAUGGCUUAGAAUCUAUCUUUAAAUCUGCAGGAUGUAUCCCCCGUGUAUGCAAUUAUGAACAAUUUAUACACCGAAUUCCACUAUAUCUAUCCAUUGUUUGUUAAACAUAAAAUAUGCCAAUUUACAUAGUUUUCAGUGUUUUCUACUUUCUUCGAGUCCAGUUGUAAAUUUGUGUUUUUGGAAGUUGAUGGUCAAUACCCCCCCCCCCUUUAAUUCAG